UUUUUUUUUUCUUUUUCUCUUUCGCUUCGUUUAUUCUUUUGAGUAUAUUAUCAAUCAUCAUCUUCCUCUCAAUCUGAAUCCUCCCCGGAGAAAAAAAGUAGUCAACGGUCAGCGAUCUCGGAGGAGUUUCGAAUCGGGAAAUACAGCUGAGAUCGAGUUUGGGGGUUUCUCUUCAAAUUAAAAGUCAACGGGUGAAUACGCGUCGAGGGCUCUUUCUUUGACUUUUUGGGGCUUCCUCUUGUGUGUGUGUGUGUGGUAGUAGUAACUAGUAAGCUCAAAUCGAGGAAUCCAGAUCCUUAAUUUGUGGGGUGGGGGGUGUAAAAAGCUUGGAUCUUUCUCUGAUGAGCAUAUUCAAAUGAAAGUCGAAUUCUAGGGUUCGUUUUUUAAUUUAAGAAUCUGUAAAUGGAACGACGAUUGAUGAUAGCUGGAUUCUUUUGGCUGGUUCUGGUUUUCGAUUUGGUUCUCAGAACUUCUGGCAACGCCGAAGGUGAUGCUCUGAGUGCUCUGAAGAACAGUUUAUCCGACCCUAACAAGGUCCUCCAGAGUUGGGACGCUACUCUUGUUACCCCUUGUACUUGGUUUCAUGUUACUUGCAAUAGUGACAACAGUGUCACACGUGUUGAUCUUGGGAAUGCCAAUCUAUCUGGCCAGCUUGUAACGCAGCUUGGUCAGCUCCCAAACUUGCAGUACUUGGAGCUUUAUAGCAAUAACAUUACUGGGCCAAUCCCAGAGCAGCUUGGGAAUUUGACGGAACUUGUGAGCUUGGAUCUUUACUUGAACAAUUUAAGCGGUCCCAUCCCAUCAUCUCUCGGCCGACUGCAGAAACUCCGUUUCUUGCGUCUUAAUAACAAUAGCUUAUCUGGAGAAAUUCCAAGGUCUUUGACUGCUGUCUUGUCGCUGCAAGUUCUGGAUCUCUCAAACACUCGUCUCACUGGAGAUAUUCCUGUUAAUGGCUCCUUUUCACUUUUCACACCCAUCAGUUUUGCCAACACCAAUUUGACUCCCCUUCCCGCUUCUCCGCCUCCUCCCAUCUCUCCUACACCGCCAUCACCUGCAGGGAGUAAUAGAAUUACUGGAGCAAUUGCGGGAGGAGUUGCCGCAGGUGCUGCGCUUCUAUUUGCUGUUCCAGCCAUUGCACUUGCUUUGUGGCGAAGGAAAAAGCCACAGGACCACUUCUUCGAUGUACCAGCUGAAGAGGACCCAGAGGUUCAUUUAGGACAACUCAAGAGGUUUUCAUUACGCGAACUACAAGUUGCUUCGGAUAACUUUAGCAACAGGAACAUAUUGGGUAGAGGUGGUUUUGGCAAAGUUUAUAAAGGACGGUUAGCUGAUGGUACUUUAGUGGCGGUUAAAAGACUGAAAGAAGAGCGCACACAAGGUGGAGAGCUGCAGUUCCAGACCGAGGUUGAGAUGAUCAGUAUGGCUGUUCAUAGGAACUUGCUUCGUCUUCGUGGCUUCUGUAUGACUCCAACUGAAAGAUUGCUUGUUUAUCCCUACAUGGCUAAUGGAAGUGUUGCCUCCUGUUUAAGAGACCGUCCGGAGUCCCAGGCACCACUUGAUUGGCCAAAGAGGCAGCGUAUUGCGUUGGGAUCGGCAAGGGGGCUUGCGUAUUUACAUGAUCAUUGCGACCCUAAGAUCAUUCAUCGAGAUGUGAAAGCUGCUAAUAUAUUGUUGGACGAGGACUUUGAAGCCGUGGUCGGUGAUUUUGGGCUCGCCAAACUCAUGGACUACAAAGACACGCAUGUGACAACAGCAGUGCGUGGUACCAUUGGUCAUAUAGCACCUGAGUAUCUUUCUACGGGGAAAUCAUCAGAGAAAACCGAUGUGUUUGGUUACGGAGUUAUGCUUCUUGAGCUGAUUACUGGACAAAGAGCUUUCGAUCUUGCUCGCCUGGCGAAUGACGAUGAUGUCAUGUUACUAGACUGGGUGAAAGGUUUGUUGAAAGAGAAGAAGUUGGAAGCGCUAGUAGAUGUGGAUCUUCAAGGUAAUUAUAUAGACGAGGAAGUGGAGCAGCUGAUCCAAGUGGCUCUGCUCUGCACUCAGAGCUCACCAAUGGAGAGACCCAAAAUGUCUGAAGUUGUGAGAAUGCUUGAAGGAGAUGGUUUAGCUGAGAGAUGGGAAGAGAGGCAAAAGGAGGAAAUGUUCAGACAAGAUUUCAAUUACCAAAACUAUAACCAACCGAACACUGCCUGGCUCAUAGGAGAUUCCACUUCCCACAUUGAAAACGAUUACCCCUCGGGUCCAAGAUAAGAUUUGUUGUAACACUAAUGCUUGUAUCUGUCCUUGCUUUUCUACUUCUUAUUCUGUAUUUAUUAAGGGUUUUAGUUUCUGCUGCUCCAUAUUAUUGGGUUCUUAAGUGAGUACAUGCAUGAGAAAAAUCAGAGUUGGGGUUUGUAAGUUUUAUAUGAAAAGGGGUUUGAAUGUUCUUGA